AUGAACCUGUAUGAAGCUAAUAAUAAAUCUCUGAAUACCAACUACCUUCGUUACAUGGAUACAUCUUUCGAGCCUCCAGAGUUUUUAAAAGAAAGAAAUAUUUUAGCCGAGUGUUUAUGGUCAUUUCCUGGCGAUGAAGUAUUCAAAUUCUCUAUCCUCAUGCAACUGCACAACACAGAGAUCACUGUCAAAGAUAUCAGCGAAUAUUGGGAUGAAAUUCCAGGGGGUUGGCAGAAAAUUCAAUGCGACGUUCUCAAAACUUCUGACCAUGAAGAUUAUCUCCCUUGCCAAGUAUUUGAAGAGGAACUGCAGAGAGAUGAUGCAUUCCUAGACAAGAAAGAUCUGCAGACGCUUCUGCAAGAAGAUGACGAAUCAGAGGCAGGUCCAAGACGUUCCAUUGGGGCAAAAGAAAUGCCCCCUCCUUCACGUAAAUUACUUCUGGCUUCUUUCACUGCCAAGCACUCUCCAAACAGUGAACUUACAGUUGGCGCAAGGGCCUUGGCGAAACAUUUUCACAGGGACAAGUCAGACUCCUGGUGUACAGAGUCAGAGGCGGAGAAAAACAGGCACGCACUGCAAAUCAUGCAAAAUGUGUUGGACAAUGCUGUUUGGAUAAAUAUCCAUUGGUUGCCGCACGAUGUGUUUAUAAUUGAAGCCAGGCAAGAUCAGGGUUAUGGGUUGCGCUGGUCAGCUGAUGGGUCUAAUUUCAGAGGAUUUUUAGAACCACAGAUGAUAGAUGGACAUGAAGUAGGAUGGAGGCAUUGGACAGUGUUAAGGACACAGGGGCAAUCAUGUGGAACUAACAUUGAGCAGAACUCUGUUUGCUGGACACUUAAAGGCAGCACUGACACCUAGUCCCCCAACUAAAAUAGAUUGAAGCAUUGUGCCCUGAGCAUUCUAUAAGCACGUACCAUUGUAUUAUAAUUUUUGUUAUUUUUAAAUGUGAUAAUUUUGUUUAAUGUUGAUUCUUGGGAAUUAUUUUUUUUUUUAAACUUAAUCAUGACAUAUAUGUUUUAUAAUGAAAAUCCUUUCUAAAUACGCUAUUAUUCUUAUGAGCGGUAUGAAAUUGAAUCCUUUCAUUUUCAAUUUUGUUUAAGUAUUUCAUACUGUCAUGGUUUAUGUCCA